UAUAUAUAGGGUUUACAGAGGAGCUACAAAUCAGGAACAUUUAUGAUCAAGCAAUUUAAGAUGGGGACAUGAAGAGUUCACCGGUGACAAAAUAAAUUACGAACAGACACAUGGCGCAACUCUAUAACUCAGACUUGUUAGAGACAAUGAUGAAAGGAACCCAAACUCAUGUUAAACGACAACAUGUUACAAUAUGGAAAAACUAUAAUUGUUGCAAACUUGAGCUUUUUUCAUAUAACGUGAUGUAUUCCAUUUAAAAAUAAAACCCAUAAUACACUUGUAGGCCCGACCCUUAGAGGAAGCCGAAGAAGCAAGGGCUUUCGACCUUCAUAAAUAUAUAUUAGAUUCGACCAUCAAUGUACAAAGUAUUAUUUAGUUUAGUGAUAUAAAUGUGUGUUUAUAUCUCAAUAACCCGGGUUCGAGCCAUGAACUUGACAUUUUUUUACACUUUUUAAAAGUGUAACCCACAAAACGCUGACAUGACACGCCGAGAAGUGAGCAAAAAUUCAACUAUUAUAAUAUUGAUCGCCUAAUUGUUUAGUACUCUCGAUUAGUGAGCGCUAGCCCUUACAUAAGACAUGUUAAGCAGCAUGCUUUAUGCCUCUUAUUCUCUUAAGCCACUAACCUGAGUACCUUGAGGUAGAUUCUAUGGCUAGUUAUAAAGAUAAAAUAAGAAAUGAAUAAGUCCCAGUAUCUUUAACCGCCCUUCCAUAGUUAUAUUCUUGUUUUCUUACAACAUGCACCGCACGUUGUCUCUCCAGCCCUACAAAAACUGCAUCAACGUUUCUCUGUUCCAUUCAUGUGCACCAACUCAAAAACAAAUUUAAAAAAGCUGGAAAAAUACAUGUAGAACACAAAGUAUCUUUUUUCUUUUGUUAUGUUAAAGAGCAAAGACAAAGGAGCGAAACGACUAGUUCUCUUUUGCAUUCUUCUCUUCCAUUUAGUGGAUUACAUUUUCUUAUGAUCUGAGAAAAAAAAAACAAAAAUAGAGAAAUAAAAGUGUGUGUGGGGAGAGAUAAACUGAAAGGAAUACUUGGGGAUGGUGCAGACAUUUGGACGUAAACUAAGUUGGCCAAGAUCUUUCAGUUUUAGAAAGAUGUUAGAUGGUCUGAACUCUGGAAAUUCAUCCUUCUCUUCUCGUGGGGACGGCAGGCAAACACCUGACCACGAACUUGCCGUACAUGCUACACCCUCGGCCCAGGGGACUAGUAGAGGCAACCAAAAUAGGAUAUCAGGUAUAUUACACCACCUUACUAUCGAUUGUAUUAGCUUCUUUUUCUAUGUUCAAUUCCUUACAUUUAUUUGUUUCAGAUAUGGAAGUGAUGAAGGAAAGAUUCGCAAGACUGCUGCUUGGAGAGGACAUGUCAGGCGGUAAUGAAGGGGUGUCCUCUGCGUUAGCUUUGUCAAAUGCCAUCACCAACCUCGCUGACUCCAUGUUUGGUGAGCAGAUGAAAUUGCAGCCUAUGUAUCCGGAGACAAAAGAGAUUUGGAGGAAAGAAUUGGACUGGUUAUUAUCUGUGGUUGAUCACAUUGUUCAGUUUGUUCCUUCAAAACAAAUGGCCAAAAAUGGGGCAAUCACUGAGAUCAUGGUGACGAAACAAAGAGAUGAUCUGCUGAUGAACAUUCCAGCCUUACGCAAGCUUGACUCGGUUCUUCUCGAGAGUUUGGACAACUUCAAGGACCAGAAGGACUUUUGGUAUGUCCCAAGAGAUGUUGAGGAUACAGAGAACAAUGGAGACUUGAGAAGGGAUGAGAACUGGUGGUUACCAGUUGUUAAGGUUCCAUCGGAUGGUUUGUCUGAGGAAUCACGCAAACUGUUGUAUAGUCAGAAAGAUUCUGUGUCACAGGUCCUUAAAGCUGCAACAGCCAUCAAUGCUGUAGUAUUGUCAGAAAUGCAUAUUCCUGACAACUACAUUGACUCUCUUCCAAAGAAUGGGAAGACGAGCCUGGGAGAUUUCCUUUACAAGAACAUAACGGAUGAGUACUUUGAUCCUGACUACUUCAUCUCUUUCUUGGAAUUGUCAACGGAACACAAAGUUCUUGAUCUAAAGAACAGGAUUGAGGCUUCCAUGGUGAUCUGGAAGAGGAAGAUGAACCAGAAAGAGAAAGACGGGAAAUCGCAGUGGGGAUCCUCUGUUAGCUUAGAGAAGAGGGAGCUUUUCGAGGUCCGAGCUGAGACCAUUCUGGUUAUGCUUAAGCAGCAGUUCCCUAGGAUCCCACAGUCCUCACUUGAGAUCUCCAAGAUCAGAAACAACAAGGACGUGGGACAGGCUAUUUUGGAGAGCUAUUCAAGAGUAUUAGAAAAUCUGGCUUCAAAGAUAUUGUCAAGAAUAGAUGAUGUUGUUGAAGCUGAUUUGUUAGUUCAAAGACAAAUGAUGGCAGAGGCAGAGAGAAGGUCAGAAAGCGAGGGGGGAUAUGAAUACGAAGAAAGCGAAAAGGGGCUAUCAGCAGAAACGCCAAACUCGAGAAAACUAUCAGACUUCAUAGGGUGGAGAUUGUCAUCAGAUACAAAGAAGCAUAGUUCGAUGAGUGAUAUAGAGUUCUUCCAUAGAACUGAGCAGGAGAAGCCGAUGAUGAAAUCUCCAAGAGCUCUACCCAAGAAACUUUCAUAUCUAUCAAAGUUAGAGAACAUGAGAAGCACGAGUGAGAGACACUGAUAAUGAUAACAGGUAAGUGUAGACGAGAGCAAUAUGUAUAUAGAAGAAGAAAAAAACAAAAAGAGGGAGCGAGAGAGAGAGAGUAGGGGAGGGGUUAAAGUGUGUGUAAAUAUAAUGAAGGCACUGGUUUAGGAUUUGGACAUGAGUUUUUGGUGUUUGAUGACAUUUGUGGUACCUACCUGGUUGAUCAUGUUUGGUUUUGCUUGUUUAACUAUUGCUUCCUGUUGUGUACCGUAUUUUGGUUAUUUUGAAGCUAACAACAUUGUAUUGUAUUAUGAAGCUAACAUUGUAAUGUGUAUAACAUUGAUUCAUGAUGGAUUUUAAAGCUCAGUUGGAUGAUUUGUGUAUUUGACUUGCUGGUGUUGCCCAUCCUAUCAAAUUAAAAUUAUCAAUACAGUCCUGUUACAAGUGUUGUCAUAUAUAUCUAUUCAUCCUUAAAAUUUCAAAUCCAUUUCUGAUCUCCGUUUAAAUAAUUAUCAAUUCUAUGCAUCACAGUUCAAUGGGUGUGAAUGAGUUUGGAUGGAUAGUGUGGGAAAGGUUCAACUUAUGGGGACACGUAAUUAUCAACGUGAGAGUCUGCUUUGCAUUCUGAAGUAGAAGUACUACGAUGGACGAUAGAGAGUAUGCUCCAGAAUUCGACAUAUCAGAGCUUUGAGAUGGAUUGCAAGGAUUUAAUCGCCAUGAUUAAGGAGCCCAAUGCUUGGCCAAGUUUCACAACAUAAAUUGAGAGGGUUGAGACUGUGCAAAUAUGCUUUUCGUACUUCAAUAUCAUUCAUAUUCCACGAACGCAAAAUCAGAUUUUGGAUUUUUUAACUAGAGGACUGUGAGAUCUUUCUAUAGAGAUCUAUGUUUUAUUGGUUAUUCUAUUGGGUAAGUGAUAGAAUAGCUUUUAGAUUUCAAAAAAAAAAAUUAUCAAUUCAAAAGUACUGUUUAUUUUAUUCAAAACAGUUCUAAAAAGUGGAUAUGAA